AUGGCAAGCUUGAGUUCUGACAACAUCGGAAAGAAUUUCUUUGAGGAGGAAUUAGGUGAUGAAAGCGUGAUUCUCACAUUGGUUCCAGUUAACGAGGAACAUAAUGAAGAACAUCAACUGGAACCCAGUGUUUCUUCAACCUCAGAAGCCAAAUUGAUGACGCCUAGGACAAACGAUGAAGUUAAUCUUCCUCAAAUGAAUGAACAGUUCGAAGCACAAGGGCAAUCAGCUCUUUCCUUGCCCACCAUCUUGCCUUCAAUCAAUAAAGUGCGCCGCGACACUUUGCGGAACUGGUGCCAACAACUGAACUUGAGUAGCUACGGCAAGAAAAUAGAGGUUUAUCUGAGGCUCAAGGAAUAUGCUUACUCUGAAGAAAAACAAAGUACUGCUGAAUCGCCACAGGAGGCCACACUGCAGUCAUGUUCCAAGAGCUGCAAGAUGGUGACCAAGAGAGCAAGGAGUGAGAAAAGUUGUCAGAAGAGUAAGAGAGAGGAAGGGACCAGUUCAGGUGCAGUGACUAAUACGGUUGAAGUGACAACUUCAGCUCAGGAGGCCAUGUUGGCAGCUUGGUCAAGAAUUGCUGCAAGGGCUGUGCAGUCUCGGGCUGCAAAUUCACACGCCAUUCCUAUUUCUGCUGAGAAUUUUCUGCUGCAGACAUCUGGGGUCAGGUGGUGUGUGGUCCACGGUAGACCUCUCCUGGCAGACAAAAACGGCUGGGUUCGCCUGCAGUUCCAUGCAGGUCAGGCCUGGGUGCCUGACACUCCCAGGAAGAUGAUCUCUCUCUUACUGUUACCAGCCUGCACUUUCCCAUUCUCAGACCUAGAAGAUAAUAUGUUAUGCCCUGAAUGUGUUAAGAGGAAUAAAAGGAUGAUGGAAAGAUUAGUUAAAAUGAAGAAGAAAAAGCAACCUGGUUUGAACACUCUCAAAAAAGAAUCAACAGUGGAGACCUCACAGCUAAAUCAACUUGAAUCCCAGUGA